GGCGAUAUUCUCACUACAGCUUAACCUCUACUUCAAUGUUGCUUUCAUUUUGGUCAUUGUGGCUUUGAAACUCUAUCACAGCUGAGGACUUCAAUGGCAAAGGAUAGCCUCUUGGAUCGUGGCGAGUUCGUAUACUCGUCUGAAGAUGAUGACGAAGAGACAAAGAAUCCUCGUGGGUGCGCCAGUUCCUACCUAGUUGAAGAACGAGAGAUUUCGGGCAAGAUGCCUCCAAAGUUUCGUCAGCGCUGGUUUAGAGCCGCUUCGUUGCUGGCGCUGGUUUCAUUUAUUUCGGCGGUUGGAUUUAGCAUAGCGUCGAUCAUAAUUUCACAAACAACUGAAAGUUCAGCUGUGUUUGCAACAGGUUUUGACGCAUUCUUCGCGGCCAUAAAUGUGAUCGCUGUAUGUUGGAGAUUUCGUGACGAACUCAACGGAGAAAUCGGAACGAGGAGAGAGAAGAACGCCAGUGCAGUUAUAGCGACUACUUUCAUACUCGGUGGAAUUGCAACUAUUGUUAUUGCACUUCACAACCUCGAAAUUGAUGAUCAUCCCACCAAGACUGACAAAAUGAAGAUACUUCUUGGUGUGGGUGCUUUGAUGUACGCAAUUCUUACGUUUCUCCAGUGCUAUGUUGCACAAAUCUUAAACAGUCGGUCUAUGAGAGCGCUAGCAGUGGAUUCAGCCCAAGGCGCAUUUAUGUCCAUUGGAGUGGUAGCAUCUACUUACAUUUAUACCGAGUUUAAGCAAUUUUGGUAUCUGGACCAUGUGGUAGCGACAGUAGUUGGUGCUGUGUCUUUGAUUUACGGUAUUAGUUUAAUUGUAGAAAUACUCGAGUUAAAUGUAAAAGAAAGAUUAAUGUUAGCUUUCCAGAGAGAAUUUUAAAAAUAUUUGUUCAGCUUUAAUAUAUGUAGAUAUUAAAAAUUUACAUUAAAUAAAGUUUUUAAAGUUCAUUUAAAUCCAAGUCUAUUGUAGUCUUUCUUUUCUCCAAAAUGUUAUUAAAAAUUGAAUAUCUCUUCAAACGUAGCUCAGAAUUGCCUCUGGAAGUAAUUUGUUAUUACCAAAAAAAUCGUGAUGUUUAGUGAUUUUUUAACCCAGAUACAGGUAAUGCUUUGAUUCCGAACAUAAAUUACUUUCUAUGUACCGCGAAAAUUGCAUGAGAGAACACCGGUAGAAAGUGGAUUGUGCCGAACACGCAUUCGACAAUCAACUGUCUUUCACACAAGGAUUCCAGGAUAUAAAUAGUAGUGAUAGUAAAACUUUAUUGAAAGUGUCAAGAGCCGUCUAGCUGGGGAAAAAUCCCUUACUAACUUGGGGACAGUAAAAAAGAAAAAAGACUAGGAGAUAUUUACAGUAGUAUAUAUCUUAAAACUAAGAGAAAAUCCAUAGUUAACUAAUUACGGGAUUUGUAUUAAAAAUAUAUCAAAUUCAA